UUCUGUUCAUUAUGGCUGUAACAUCCAGUCACUAUAUCAUACUUCUAACAGCUCUAAAUUUAUUUUUUCCAAGGAUUCUUGUAGACAGUUAUAAUGUUGAACAUUCAAGACGUUAUAAACGUGAAGAUACUUUACCACUGCCACCACAAAAUAUAACAAUUUAUUUAACAGUUAAUCAUAAAUUAGAAAUAUUUCAAGUUUCGAAAUUGGAAAAUGAUUAUGUGGCUAAUAAUUAUUUGAAAGUUUGGUCUGUUCAUACUAAAAAGGUGGAAUCGGAUCAGUCGAAUAUGGAGGAGAAAAGCUCAGAUCUGAACCGAGUAGGAACGUGGGUUAUGUAUCAAAAUUAUAAUGACAAAUCUGCAGUGGUAUAUUUUCCAAAACAUCAUUUGAUGAUUGGAAUUCUUGGUAAAAAAUAUCAUCUUAACAAUGCUUCUUAUUAUGGCACUGAAGAAUUUAGAGUAACUAUUCCAUACACUUCUGAUCGCAACAGGAAAAAAAGAGAAAUAGAUAGAAUAGAAGAAUGGGUUGAUAAUUCCCCUUUAUCAAAAAAAUUCAAAAGAUCCGUAAACGAAGGAAUUCAUAAGUCCAAACAGUAUCAAUUUUAUUUAGAAUCUUUUGUUUUUAUCAGCGGAGAUGUCAUUGAACCAUUACCAACCUCACUUACAGGUUUAAGAGAAAAGAAAAAUGAACAUUACAUUAUUCAUGUGCUAUCAUAUUUUAAUGUAGUUAACAUGUUUUUUGCUAGAACAAAAUUCAAAAUCAAUAUUGCUGGAAUAGCUAUAAGACAGGAUGGAAGUGAUUUUCCAUUUUAUGAUAAUAGUGCUUUUAAUACUACAACUCGACAGUUACAACUUCGUGAAGCAAAUGAUGCUUUAUUAAAAUUCAUAUCAAAGAGAAAAACACAUUUUCCUCGUGACUCUAUUGACUUUGUUAUACAUCUUACUAACUAUUCGGUAUACGAUAAAAAAACCAAUCAAACUGUGAAACAAAUUAUGACUUAUCCUAAAGAAGGAAUAAUAAAAACUAAAAAAAAAAAUUCUGAAUAUGUAUAUCCAGUAAUUUUUGGUCAAAGUAAUUUAACAUUUUCAUCAGUUCAGCAUACAGCUAAUCAAAUAUUUUAUGUAAUUGGAGGAGCAAACUUUAUAAAAAAUGUGAACAGUUCAGAUGAUGAACAUUCAGUGAUUGUUGAUAUCUCUAAAAACUGCUCGCGAUGCUUUCGCUGGAAUGAAGACUGGUGUAAUUUUGUCAAUGAACCAACAUCCCUAGGUAAAACACCAAGACAAUUAGUUACUAAAGACCAACAAUGUUGGUGUAAUAAUUGGAAAUAUUACUUUGAUGAUAAAUCUAAUGAAACGAUUGUAGACAUCUGUCACAAUGGUUUUGAAUGUCAAUUUAAUAAUCAAACAGUAACAAAUGUUACAUUAGUAAUGAAUGGAACACCUUGUGAUGAAAACAAGGUCUGUUGGAAUAACGAGUGUGUAACAAAAGCUUCAUAGAAAUAUAAAAGCUGUAUGAUGAUUGCAAUUAACGAAGACAAUUAAUUAAUGGAAAAAAUUUUUAUCUCGUAUGAGAAUAUUAUUUUUUGCAUCAAAUUAAAUGUUUUUCAGUACUCUUUUAUAACUUUUAGCACUUAUGUUACUAUAAUUAUUAUUAUUAUUAUUAUAAAAGUUACUCGGGAAGAAUACAAUAAUAAA